AUGAAGUACUACGCAGCAGCACCACCCCUCCUCCUCCUCCUCUCCUCCGCCCCUCAACUUGCUACCGCCUUCCCCUCCUCCAUUCUCUCCCAAGCAGCAUCCCAAGACCCCAGCUUCGCAGCCCGAGCAGCCGAGAUUCUGCGCAGCAGCAGCAGCAGCAGCAGCAGCAACACGUUCAAUUCCAAACGACAACAAAUUCUCACCGCAGAUGGAGCCACGAAAAUAUUUGAGCCCGUGGGAAUUUUUAAUGCAGAAGCUCAAUUGGUCGAUGUUGGACCGGGAAGUGGUCAUGAAUGGAUUGCUCCUGGACCGGAGGAUUUGAGGGGUCCUUGUCCUGGUUUGAAUGCUUUCGCCAACCAUGGAUUUUUACCGCACAAUGGUUAUGCGACUAUUACGCAAUUCAUCGAAGCUACGAAUUCUGUGGUUGGAAUGGGUGUUCAACUUGCUGCUUUUCUCGCUGUGCUGGGAGCCGGGAUUGAUGGAGAUGGGAUUUCGUGGUCGAUUCAUGGGACGCCUCCUCCGGGUGUUGGAGGGCCUCUUUCUGGGUUUGGGAAUGGACUUUCUGGAUCGCAUAACAAAUACGAAUCCGACGCCUCACCCACCCGACCCGAUCUCUACCAAACCGGCAACAACUACAAACUCAUCAUCGACCAAUUCCGGCAACUCAUCUCCAUGUCUCCCAACGGCAUCAUCGAUCUCAACUCCCUGACAGCUUUCCGCUCGCAACGCUUCGACGAUCAAAUUUCCAGCAAUCCAUUUUUCUUCAACGGCCCUUUUACGGGUGUCCUCGUGCAACCUGCCGCGUAUACUUUUAUUUAUCGAUUCAUGGCGAAUCAUAGUGUGGAGUCUCCGCAUGGGGAGUUGAGGUCGGAGGUGUUGCAGUCGUGGUUUGGGGUGGAAGAAGAAGAGGGAGGUGGAGGAGAAUAUGUGUGGAGGGAAGGGUGGGAGAGGAUUCCGUUGAAUUGGUACAAACGUCCGAUAGAAUACCCUUACGACAACGCCUAUUUCCUCGCAGAUGCCGCCAACGCUGCAGCUCUCCAUCCCAAAUUUCUCAAUAUUGGCGGAAACACCAACGGCCCCAACACCUUCACAGGCCUCAACAUCACCUCUUUCACCUCCGGUCUUUUCCCCGCAGAAAAUUUCUUUACCAAAAAAGAUAGUUUUGCUUGUUUUGCUUAUCAGUUUGCUGCGCAAGCUAAACCGGAUUUACUUGGUGCGUUGGAUGUCGUCACAGGCCAGAUUCCUUCUUUGACGAGCCAAGUCAAGGCUUUGAUGGGGGAGUUGGAGGGUUGUUCGCAGUUGAGAGGGGUGGAUGAGGAGUUGUUGAUGCAGUUUCAGGGGUAUAGGAGGUCCAAGGGGGAGGGGAUUGUGAAGAGGUUUUAG